AUGGCUUCCCCAAAAGCAGCUUUUGCUUCGCCCACCCUGUGGCUUGCUCCUGAUCCCAGUAAACGAUGGGGCGAGCUGUUUUUCCUUUUCUACACUCCCUUCUGGCUUACUCUUCUCCUCGGAAUCGUCGUUCCCUUCAAUCUAUACGAGCGCUUCACAGAGUUGGAGUAUUUGCUUGUUGGGUUGGUUUCAGCAGUUCCUUCUUUCUUGAUACCUAUGCUGUUUGUUGGAAAGGCUGAUAAAAGCUUGUCUUGGAAGGACCGUUAUUGGGUCAAGGCCAAUCUCUGGAUAAUAAUCUUCAGUUAUGUUGGAAAUUACUUUUGCACCCAUUAUUUCUUUUCAGUUCUGGGUGCAUCUUAUACCUUCCCAUCAUGGAAAAUGAACAACGUACCUCACGCAACUUUCCUGCUCACUCAUGUUUGCUUCUUAUUUUAUCACGUUGCAUCAAACAUGACACUGCGCAGAUUAAGGAAUUUCACUGCUGAUUUGCCUGAAAAACUUAGAUGGGCUGCCGAGGCUGCUUGGAUCCUUGCUCUGUCAUAUUUUAUAGCCUACCUGGAGACAUUAGCUAUUUCCGACUUCCCCUACUAUCAGUUUGUGGAUCGCGAUGCUAUGUACAAAAUUGGAUCUUUGUUUUAUGCCCUCUACUUUCUUGUAAGCUUCCCCAUGUUCAUCAGGAUUGAUGAGAAAUCUGGAAACAAAUGGGACUUAACCAGAGUGGCUGUUGAUGCUUUGGGUGCCGCCAUGCUUGUUACGAUAAUACUUGAUUUGUGGCGCAUCUCUCUGGGACCUAUUGUUCCAAUCUCUGGUUCAAAGCAGUGCCCUCCGUCAGGAUUGCCAUGGUUUCAUCUGGAUGGAAAUAUUGAAGCAUGAGGAUGAUUUGAACAGAACCCUUCAUGUAAUUAUGGUUCCAGAAUGCAAAACCAGUAUGUGCAGAAAGAACCAGAUUGGACUUGUUUCGUAGCAGU